AUGCCCCCAUCACUCGGCUCCUUCCGAAGCCGCGGCCCACCAAGCUACACAACCAACGCCGGGCCCGCAGGCCACCAGAUCACCAUGCAGCCCCUGCCGGCACAGAGCCCCCAACCCGGCUCAUCUCACAGCCAUGGCCCGCUAGGCCAAAUGCUCCCAUCACAGUCCGAUCCGCUCCCGGCAGGUAGCCUCCACGGCUCAUACAUCAGAGUACCCAGCCAAGCCAAUAACAACAACAACAACAACAACCUAGCAGGUAGUGCGCGAGGCUCGUUUGUCAGUCGCGGCCCACCAAGCCAGGUCGGUAACCCGGCAGGCAGUGCUUAUGACUCGUACAUUAGGGUACCCAGUCAACUCAAUAACCCACCAGGGAGCGUGCGCGGUUCAUUCGUCAGUCGCGGUCCACCAAGCCAUGUCACGAAUGUCGCGGGGAACAAUCCAGUUCCCAAUCUGGCGGCGCCGACUCGCGCGGUUUCUCUACAUAGUAACCCGGGAUUAGCGUCGGGAAUAGGCAGGGGCAGAGGGUCCGGUGUAGGUGGCCCUUUGAACAAUCUUAGUCUUGCUCAGUCAGUCAGUAGUACUGGUGCCCAUCCCCCUCCUCCUCCUGGCCUUGGACGCGGCUUUGGACGCGGCUUCGCGUUUGGUGGUGCCGCGACGGGGCCGGGUGGGACGUUCCAUUCGUCGUGGGCUGGGCAUGGCGGUGGGCGUUCAGACGUUGACAGCCUGUAUGCGCGUGGAAGGGCUCAGUGGGAAGAUUCGAAACGGUGUAUGAGGUUGUUCCUCUGGUGUCUUUUGGCGGUCGCGGUGCUUACGGGGAUUAUCGUGGGGGCGAUCAAAGGGUCGGGGAAGGGGUAA